AAAGCCUUGGGUCUCACUUCUAUAAUAGGUCCUAGAAACUGAUGUAGCCUAGGCUGGUAGAAUGAUCAAUCACGUGCCGCGCGCUUAGUGCUUCCCCUAGAACUAAACUUUUACCAUUCAACUUAUCUCCACUGCCUUACCCUACAACAAAGAGUUAAGGUACCUAACAAAGAGGUGGCUGCCCAGCCGCAUCCCACCCUACCGCCCCCGGUCCAAGACGCAAAGACCAGGCGUUACGCCAAUCCCUGACUUGGUUCAAGAACAGAACCACCCCUCCACUUCCUCCAGGAAUCAGUUGUAUCCUCGAAUGCGCCCAGUUCAUCUGCCUGCCUUACUACCUACUCGUCUUGUUUGCAUUACUUUACCAACGUACCUGGGAGGUGCGGCACCUUGGGUAUCUAAGGUACCUACCUACCUACCUACGUUGCCAAGCUGCUGCCAUAUCGCCCCUCACCUCGUUUCCUGGAAGAUAAGUCCACCAGACGCAUUCAUCCCACAGUUGCUGGCUCGCCGUAAGCAACUACCCGCCGCACUUGUUCUGCGCCUGAAACACUGCUUCGAUUGGUCCUCUUGCGAAAGGCGAGAAUUGGACGUUUUCCUCGCUGGUCCUCUGGCUUGGAUUGUUUAAAAAGACAGACCUGGCAUCAAAGGCUGCACUGUCGCAUCCACCGACCAAUUUCAGACUGGCCAAGUUGGUUCCGCAGUAGUUGUUGAUAAAUUUGCAGCACCACUACCAGGCGACGAUCAACACGGUGCCUUCAAGAUGAGCUUCUCUGGUAUGCUCAACCGCCUGCAUGGCCAGCCAGAGAGCUACGACAAGAAAUCAAAAUACCGAUUCGGCAAGACCCUCGGAGCUGGCACAUAUGGCAUCGUCAGAGAAGCAGAGGGACCGACCGGCAAGGUUGCCAUCAAGAUCAUUCUGAAGAAGAAUGUCAAGGGCAACGAACGUAUGGUGUACGAUGAGCUUGAAAUGCUCCAGCGACUACAGCAUCCGCACAUCGUUCGGUUCGUGGACUGGUUUGAGUCAAGAGACAAGUAUUAUAUUGUGACGGAGCUGGCGACUGGAGGCGAGCUCUUCGACCGCAUUUGCGAGCAGGGCAAGUUCACAGAGAAGGAUGCCUCGCAAACCAUCAAACAGGUUCUUGGUGCUGUAGACUACCUACACAGCAAGAACGUUGUCCAUAGAGAUCUCAAACCCGAGAACCUACUUUACCUUAGCAAAGCGCCCGACUCGGAUCUGGUGCUGGCAGACUUUGGUAUCGCCAAGAUGCUAGACAGCAGGGACGAGGUCCUGACAACCAUGGCUGGCUCUUUUGGGUAUGCAGCUCCCGAGGUCAUGAUGAAGAAGGGACACGGAAAGCCAGUCGACAUGUGGUCCAUGGGCGUGAUCACAUACACACUGCUGUGCGGUUAUUCUCCGUUCCGAUCCGAGGGUCUUCAGGAUCUUAUCGAGGAAUGCUCCAAUGCCCAGGUCACAUUCCACGACAGGUAUUGGCGAGAUGUGAGCGAGGACGCAAAGAACUUUAUCAGGUCCCUGCUUCAGGCCAACCCAGAGGAUCGCGCGACCAGUGGCCAAGCUCUCAGGCACCCGUGGCUCAGCGGUGAGAACGCAACGGACCACAACUUGCUGCCGGAAAUCAAGUCCUUCAUGGCAAAGGCCCGACUUCGACGCGGCAUCGAGAUGGUCAAGCUGGCGAACCGCAUCCAGACGCUCAAGCUCCAAGAAGAAGACCCCGACAACACGGACAUGCCGGACGAUGCGGUCGAGGCGGCAGACGUGUCACAGGGCCAUGCAGGAUCAUCUGGUGGCAGCGGACUGUUCAAGCCGGGGGAGAAGAAGACCAUGUCAAAGGCGGUCAAGGGUGCAAUCUUCCGCGAGGUGGUGCUGGCCAAAGUCAGGGAAAUGAAGACGCAAGAGGAGACGCUCAAGGUAGCAGAGGAGGUAGAGAAGGAGGCUCGCAGGAAGAGCUUCACUGGUUCAUGAAUGAGGAGCGCUUAGGUUGCUCUCCAACGGCGUCUCCUCUAAUGCGGCCUUCCUUCUUUGCCUUUUUACCUUUCUUGACUAGGUUACCGUUUUCGGUGGGCUCGGUUUUUACUUACUUCUUUUGGGCCUGUUGUUUGCUUAUCUGGGUGGGCACUGGAUUGAAUGACAGUUUGCAGCAUGGUAGUCGAGAUCCGUCCUCGCAAAGAGAUACAGACGGACGUGUCACCAGGGGGGGGGGGGGGGGGGGGGGGGGGGGAUAUGUGAUAGGAUACCUGCGCCAUCUUUUUAGCGAUAUUUCAGUAUUUCAAAGUUACCAUUUCGUUUUCCAUCUUCCGACUCUCUUCAGCUGGAGAAAAUUUACUUACUAGCCACAGCAAAUGGUGAGCUUACCGGGGUCAGAAUUGGUUCUUUCCUUCUCCUUAAUUUGCUGUUUUUGCGGCUUGGGAAACACUCGGGGAAUGAAUGGGUUGUGUAUGCUUGAUGUUGGAUAGUUUGUCAAUGCGACGGUUUGCGCAUACCCGCAAAUUGAAGCAUAACAG